UGAAACGGCCAGAACCUUUUCUUUUCCGCAUUUGGUCUUCGAGAAAGUGAAAACUCAGAAUUUUCUCAUCAUUUUUCCCGAGAAAACCCUAACCAUUCCAAUGUGCUAUCGCAAUUACCUCUCUGCACUCCAAUGACGCGUUGCUGCGGCAUUCGGAUUCCGUGAUCUGAUUGGCGAUUGGGAUCCAAUCUUCAUCAAUCCGAUUUUGUUGAAAUGGAGCACUAUGAUCUGCAAAGACAAAGAAGGGAGAUGAAAAAUAAAGGAAGGAAUGUUGUGUGGUCAAUUGCGAUGGAUAAGUGUCUAAUUGAAGCCCUGGCAGCUCAGGCAAAACGUGGAAACAAAAUUGACAAAUGUUUCAAUGAAAAUGCAUACACGGCUGCCUGUGUAGCAGUAAACACUUGCUUCAGCUUGAAUUUGAAUAAUCAGAAAGUUAUCAACCGUUUGAAAACAAUUAAGAAGAGGUAUAGAGUAAUAAAAGAUAUCCUAAGUCAGGAUGGUUUCUGGUGGAACCCAAAUACAAAGAUGAUUGAGUGUGACAGUGAUGAGCUUUGGAAGAAUUAUGUUGCUGCACAUCCCAAUGCGAGAGGAUUGCGCGGAAAGCAGAUAGAGAUGUAUGAUGAACUUAAAAUCGUUUGUGGAAAUUAUCAAGCCCCAAGUCAUUGGGCUAAGAGGAAGAGUGGAACUCAUCUAAUGGACAUGAAGAAUUUUGAGGAUGAAGCAGCCUCCUUUGUUUCUCCCAGUUCAGAAGACAUGAGUGAGACAGAUGGAACUGAAUCAUACACUGGAAUUCCAGAAUUUGACCAGAUACCAGAUGGUUUUCAAGAGCCUCCUGUGGCCCAGCCUGUAAGACAACUUCCAAAGCGGCCUCGUAACUCAGAUGCUCUGCAGGAAGCAUUGAUGACAGUGGCAUCGAGCAUCCGACGUCUGGCUGAUGCCAUGGAGCAAAGCAAAUGCUCAUUUGAUGCAAGUGAGCUAUUACAUGCUGUGAUGGAGAUAGAUGGGUUGGAAGAGGGUAAACAGAUGUAUGCAUUCGAAUAUUUAAAUGCUGAUCCUGUCAAAGCCAGAGCCUUCCUCACCUACAAUGCUAGGAUGAGAAAGACAUAUCUGUUUAGACAGUUCUGGUGGUGGAGGUGAGGGUGAUGGUGCCUUGAAUGUUUUUGGUGUACAGAUAUCUAGGGACUGUUUCACAGACGUUUUCUGUGUUUUGAGCAAUUUUUUGUUGAUGUGUUGUUAGGAUAAUUGAAUGUAUAGACUCUAGACUGAUAGGAGAUAGCCAUAUGCCGGAGACAUUAGAAACAUCGUCUCUUCCAAGUAACCAUGGCCAUUUGAAACAGGCAAAAUAGAUAGAAAGCUGUGCACAUGCACAUGUAAUAUACAAAGCAAAAAUAUAUUACUUUGGCUAUUAAUAAAAUGAAAAGAAAAGAAAAAAAUAAAAGAAAAUUCUAAUGAGUCUUAUUUGAAGUUUA